AUGUCACGAUUCAUUGACGUCGUUCUCCUGUUAGUCAUCGUCACGACUGCCAUUCAUAAUGCAAAUUUACAGUCGCUUGAUUAUGAUUAUUUGGAUCGAGAAUUCCGCAGGACAAUCCCUUUCCAAGGCAUCGUUCGAAUGCCAAUGUCGGAUAUCGGUGCCCAGCAACGUGCUCAAUUGUCGAUGAUCGCCACCAAUUCUGAACCGUUCUUCGAUCGUCGUUCACAGUGGUCCCGCUAUGAGCCUCCUCAAUCAACUGUCAACCAAAAAGAGACGAUGUGGUGGAAAAGUUGGCCAAGACAAUUACCGAUCUCAACAAUCCCAUCGUCACAUGUUAGUGGCAUGGGAUUGCCCUCACAACCAGUCGUGCCCUCAAUGAUGGUCGUUCCUAUUGAACCGGUCGUAACCCAGCCAUCCAUCCUGAACUCAGCGCUUAUGACUGUCUUCGGCAAUGCUAGCGAUAACGGAGGGACUACGGCCCAAAAACCACUGACGGCAUUUCUGAACUCAUUUCCAGGUGAGCGAUAUUUUUUACAAUGCAAUUUUAUGGGCGGAAUGAGCAGGCAGGCGUUCAAGAUGCUCUACUUGUAUGUUUGA